UUUUUUGUUUAAUCGUUCAUCACUAAUAAUAUUAGGCGAUUGAUGAAAGGGUAAAAUUGGGAAUUGAAGCAAAAACUGGGUUAAUAAAAUGACGGAGAGAUUCCCUCACUCUUUUGAUCUCUCAAGUGAAGAAUCUCUCUCAAUCCUUGUUCGUUUUCUUUCUCGUUGAUCCUCUCUGCUCUUUUGCUUGUGAAGGAACUCUGCGAUCUCUCUUCUUGAUCGAUCCGUUCCAAUCUAUCCAGUUUGGUUCUGUAACUGUUUAUGCCAUUCGCGAUCAUCUGAUCUACCGCUCUCCGAAUCCAAUCGCAGGUCGCUGAAAUCGUAGGAAAAGGAAGAUGAGGUCGCUUCAGGCACCGGUUGUAUGCCCUGCGAUUCGUUCAAGACAAGUAGGUGCAUGUGCUUCAUCACUUGUUAACUACACUGGUCUGAAACCUAGGAUUCUUAGAAGCCAGUUCUGGGGUAAUCGGACAAGAGGCAACAAGCCUCAGGUUACUACGAUCACUCUUCGUCUGCAUCCUCGAUGGUGCAACAAGAGUAUCAUCAAGUGUGUUUUCAGCUCCCAUUCUGAUGGUACCGGAAGCACCGCAGAGAAUUUCAACGAAAACGAUGAGGAUUACGUUAACUCUAGUGUAGUGGAAGCUGUUGAGGUUAGGAGUGGAGCAGAUGGUUUCAUGGUGAAGAUGAGAGACGGUAGGCAACUACGAUGUGUUCAUAAUAAUCCUCAAGGAGGGCAUUUACCAGAUUAUGCUCCACAUCCUGCAAUUGUGUUGAAAAUGGAAGAUGGAACUGGUCUUCUCCUUCCGAUUAUCGUGUUGGAGAUGCCUAGUGUGUUACUUAUGGCAGCAAUGACCAACGUCCAAAUUGCAAGACCCACCAUGUAUCAAGUGGUGAAGGAAAUGGUGGACAAGAUGGGUUACGAAGUUAGACUUGUUAGAGUCACCAAAAGAGUCCACGAGGCGUAUUUUGCCCAGUUAUAUCUUUCAAAGAUGGGUAAUGCCUCGGAUUGUGUCAGCUUCGACCUUCGGCCUUCAGAUGCAAUUAAUAUUGCUGUUAGAUGCAAGGUACCAAUCCAAGUGAACAAGUACCUUGCAUAUAGUGAUGGAAUGAGAGUCAUCGAGUCAGGGAAGCUAUCACAGCAGACACCUGCUUCAGAUGGUUUAUUAUUUACUGAACAAGACCGACCAAAUGGUCAGGCUUGUCUUGAUACGAAAGAGUUCAACAUUUUGAGCAACAUGAUGCAAGCUGUUAAUGAAGAGCGAUAUGAUGAAGCCGCUGAGUGGAGAGACAAACUUGGUCAGUUUCGGGCCAAACGUAACCUGAGGAAAUACACAUGAGAGAGCUCGAUCAACAAGUAUCGCCUUUGUACAUAAUAAGGGGGGAUCAGAGUGAAGGAAGAAGCUGAGUCUCGAGAUCGAAGAAUGCUUCUACACUUGACCAUUUCCCAGAAACAAAAAAAUGUAUAAUAUAUUAGUAUAAAUGUAGCGUGAUGUGUACAUAUUACUUAUUGAUCUGUGUCUUGUUACUUCUGCCAAUUAAGCUCUGAUUAAUUCUAAGUCUACUCUUGUUCGAAGUUGGUGUUUUCGUGUUUUGGAGUAUAUAAUAUAUUAAGUUGGAAUUAAAUG